AUGGGGCCAUUCCCAUUAUCCUACAAGAACAAGUACAUCCUUGUAGCUGUUGAUUAUGUCUCAAAAUGGGUGGAAGCCAUUGCAGGUCCCACCAAUGAUGCUGCAGUUAUGGUCAAGAUGUUCAAGAGUGUCAUCUUCCCAAGGUUUGGGGUUCCAAGAGUUGUGAUCAGUGAUGGAGGUUCCCACUUCAUCAACAAACUGUUUCAAGGACUUCUCAAGAAGAAAGGUGUGAAGCAUAAGGUAGCAAUUCCUUACCAUCCACAGACAAGUGGUCAAGUUGAGGUUUCUAACAGAGAGAUCAAGUCCAUUCUGGAGAAGAUUGUGGGGAUUACGAGAAAAUAUUGGUCUGCUAAGCUUGAUGAUGCACUUUGGACUUAUAGGACAGCUUACAAGACACCUUUGGAAACCACACCUUUCAACCUUGUGUAUGGGAAAGCUUGUCAUUUGCUAGUGGAGCUUGAAUACAAGGCACUUUGGGCAGUGAAGUUGCUGAACUUUGACAUCAAGAGUGCUAAGGAGAAGAGACUUUUCCAGCUCCAUGAGCAUGAUGAGAUAAGAAUGGAUGCUUUUGAGAACUCAAGGAUCUACAAGGAGAAGACUAAAGGUUUCCAUGACAGGAACAUUCUGAAGAGAGAGUUCAAAGAAGGAGAUCAAGUUCUUCUGCACAACUCUAAGGUGAAGUUGUUUCCUGGAAAGGUCAAGUCUAGAUGGUCUGGUCCUUUUAAAGUCAAAGAAGUUACUCAUCCAUCUCCGUAG